CAUUUUCUCAACGAAUUGCUUGCCUCCUACUUCCAUGUUAAUACCCCGUUAUCUCGCCAGAGGACGCUUUGAGGUUGCACGAGAGUUCAGUCAGUCGAGAUUUGCCUUUACUAAAUUGAUCCGACUUCCGACUCGUGAAGCCUGUAGACAGUUGAGUUUCUGUCAGAGGCACCAUCUUUCCACCAUGCCAGUCUCUAAGGUGUUUGCUCGUCAAAUUUUUGACAGCAGAGGUAAUCCAACAGUUGAGGUGGAUAUUAAUACAGAAAAAGGUAUGUUCAGAGCAGCUGUACCCAGUGGUGCCUCAACUGGGAUAUAUGAGGCUCUGGAAAUGAGAGACAAGGACCCCAAGUUUUAUCAUGGAAAAGGUGUAUCAAAUGCCAUUAACAAUGUGAACAAUGUCAUUGCACCUGCUCUUGUCAAAGCUAACCUGGAUGAAGCGGACCAGACAGCAGUGGACAAAUUUUUGCUAGAUCUGGAUAAAACAGAAAACAAAAGUAAACUGGGUGCGAAUGCCAUUCUUGGGGUUUCCUUGGCCAUCUGCAAAGCUGGAGCAGCCAAAAAAGGAGUUCCACUGUAUCGCCACAUUGCUGAUCUUGCUGGAAACAAAGAGGUCAUUCUUCCUGUCCCAGCAUUCAAUGUCAUUAAUGGAGGCAGCCAUGCUGGCAACAAACUCGCCAUGCAGGAAUUCAUGAUUCUUCCAACAGGUGCUAGCUCAUUCAAGGAAGCUAUGAGAAUGGGGUCAGAGGUCUAUCAUCAUCUCAAGUCAGUCAUUAAGAAAAAAUAUGGUCAAGAUGCCUGUAAUGUGGGUGAUGAGGGAGGAUUUGCACCAAACAUUCAGGAUAACAAGGAAGGUUUGGAUUUGCUGGUGGAAGCCAUUGAAAAGGCAGGGUACACUGGUAAAAUUAAGAUUGGCAUGGACGUGGCAGCUUCCGAGUUCUUUAAGGAAUCCAAGUAUGACCUAGAUUUCAAAAAUCCGAAGUCUGAUCCAGCUUCCUGGAUCAGUUCAAGCCAGUUAGGUGACCUUUAUCGUGAGUUCAUCUCUAAAUAUCCCAUACUCUCCAUAGAGGAUCCUUAUGAUCAAGACGACUGGGAAGCUUACACUAAACUUACAGGGUCUGUCCCAAUCCAAAUUGUAGGAGAUGAUUUGCUGGUCACAAAUCCAAAAAGAGUCAGGAAAGGCAUUGAUACUAAGGCUUGUAACUGUCUGCUGUUGAAAGUCAACCAAAUCGGCAGUGUCACCGAGUCUAUUGAGGCAUGGAAAAUGUCAAAGGACAACAACUGGGGUGUAAUGGUGUCCCACCGUAGUGGAGAGACAGAAGACACAUUUAUUGCAGAUCUUGUGGUUGGUCUGUGUACCGGACAGAUUAAGACUGGUGCCCCAUGCAGAUCUGAACGUUUAGCCAAGUACAACCAGAUUCUCCGCAUUGAGGAAGAACUGGGAGCUGGAGCCAAAUUUGCCGGGGAGAAGUUCCGUUACCCAUACUUGUCAAACACCAAUGGACAUGUACUGCUUAAUAUUGUGAGGAAUAUGGAAUUCAAUGAGAAAGCUCAUUUAUUUAAUACCGAAAGGGGUCAAAGUAAUAUAAGAAAUUAUGAGGGGAUUAUAGAAACCACCCAUACUGGCUCGGAUGAGUAUGCUUAUGACAAUACCUCGUUUGCCACCGAUUACGAGGAACUGGAGUCUGGCGGGAUCGAGGAUUCUAGCAGUGGCAGGAAUGUCGGCGAAGCUGAAUCGGCCUCUGAUAUUUUAUACCGGCUUCGUUAUGGUUUCCUUGACCCCGAAUUGGAUUCGAAACAACUUGUCACAGAAGUACAGUCUCGUCUAACGGGACAAGACAAACUAAAAUUCAAAGAAGACAUUCUAGAAGGGAUCAGGGAGAUUCCUUUGUCAAUGAAGCAAAAAUUAGAACUUCGGGGAAUACUUACGACAGACCACGUAAACAGACGACAGGAACAAAACCCGAAGAAGUACAUCAAAUCCCGUACAAGGAAAAGCACAGUCCCCCUGUAUCUGUGGGAGUCAUCGAUAACGAAAUUAACAGCUUACUUCGGUAGCACGGUUGCCUCUUAUUUCACGUUUCUGAGAACUCUGUUUUACCUGAACCUGCUGACAGGCAUCGUUUUAUUUUGCUUCACUGCUGUUCCACAGAUCACCACGGGGGAGUUUUUGGAUAGUGAUAUGGAAGAACGCAAUGCUUCAGGACAUUUUGCUGAACUGUCUUACAGUCUACUCUUUUACGGGAUUUACAGGGAUGAUUCCGAUCAAGUGAAAGGAUUCGACCUUGCACUGUCCUACUUUUUGACCUGGGUCUCUGUUAACCUUGUUACUGUAUUGUAUCUCGCAUCAAGCAUGUACGUGCGCUACAGAAAAAGCAAACUGUCCGACAUGGGGAGUGAUUUUCCAUUCACGUGGUCCACGCUUUGUUACUUUGACUUCACCAUCAACAGUAAGGAAGGCGUAAAAGACCACCUAAAAGCAUUUUGCACCGAUUUAAAAGAGAAAAUCCGAGAAGAGAAGUCUUUAGAAGUAGUUGAUUGGUUAAAAAGACUAAGGAUGUACUUUGGGCGAUUGGUCAGCAAUAUACUAGUCUUGGGUUUGCUGGGAGGGAGUGGUUACUUGAUUUAUUACGUAGCCGACCAGGAUACGGACAUGAAAAAUACUAGUAUACAAGUGGAGGACGAACCACAGGAAUUGAUAGAGAAAAUCUAUGAACGCUAUCGGUUGGCGGUUGUUGUUGCCUUUCUGAAGCUGUCUGUUCCAGUUAUCUUCGAACUUCUGGUAAAAAUAGAAAGCUAUCAUCCUCGUACGGAAUUCAAAUUUACCCUUGCAAGAACAACUUUCUUCUAUUACGCAAGUCUGGUUGUGUUUAUCACGUCACUCACCAAGAAGGCAAAAUGUGCCGACAAACAAAACUCACAGACAACGACGACACCAGUGAAUGGUACCUUUCCUACUAGUGCUUCUGCUGAUGUCACCUCUGUCACACCGUUCAACAUAUCCACCGACAGUAGCAAGACUUUGUUUUGUUGUUGGGAAAACGAUGUGGGAGAAGAAAUUUUCAAGUUGAUCUUGGUGGAUCUAGGGGUGUGUAUAGCUGUAGGAUUGCUGCUCCACGUUUUAAAGGCCAUCUUCAUCAAGACCAAAACAUGCUGUUGCAAGAUGAACUACAGCGAGUUUGCAGUGACUUCUAAUGUUCUGGAUUUAGUAUACGGGCAGGGACUUGUCUGGCUGGCGCUCUACUUCUCACCAUUAAUGGCACUGGUAGCGACCGUCAAAUUAUUCAUUGUGUUCUACUUCCGAUAUCUCGUUGCACGUUUUGCCAAUACUCCGCCCAAGAACAUGUUCCGGGCGUCCCGAUCUGGCAGUUUUUACCGGUUCCUGUUGCUGCUGACGUGGAUUCUGUGCUGCGUCCCUGUGGUCUAUAUUCUUAUCCAGAAGACGCCAUCUUGGGAUUGUGGUCCGUUUAAAGAGAAGGAGAGGGCUUACAAAGUGAUAGAUCUGUUUGACACCCUGGAUGACCUUCCUAGCUGGUUGGACUGGAUCAAGGACGCCCUGGAUUACAUCGGCACCGCCAUUGUUAUCGUUCCCGUUAUAGUAAUUUUAAUUCUACUUGUACUUUAUUACCGAGUGAAAUCCAGCUCCUAUAAUGCGUUGAUACAAGAGCUCCGUAAAAAACUGGUUUUUGAAAGAAAAAUUGAAAGGAAAAAGAUAUACGCCAGAGCCCUAUCAGCACCAGCAAUUGGAAGCUUUGGGAAAGCUAGUGGGUCAGCAGUCACUGGAGAGAUGUCCAGAAAAACCAGCAUUGCCACCAUUUCUGCUUAAGGAGGUCCUCACCAAUAUCAUACUACUCCAAUCUCCAAACAGAGAAGAUAAAACUGUAACUAAAGGACAUGCUUCCAUUCAUACUAUUGUUGUUGAACUAAUAGAUUUAAAUGUCUUACUUUGUUUUAAUGUUCAUCACUAAUGUAAUUUUUUUGCAUGUGUAUGCAUUUGACAUAUUAAAGACUGAAAGAAUUCACAGGUCUGAAAUGAAUAA